CCAAAGAUGGCCGACGUGGAGGAGGCCUUCCACGGUAAUCUUUGUCGUUGCACUGGAUACAGACCUAUCCUGGAGGGAUACAAGACGUUCACUGUGGACGGCGGCUGCUGCGGCGGCGGGGACGGGAGAACGGCUGCUGUAUGACCAAUGGGAACGCAGCUGAGAAAAGCUCAAAGGAAGACAGCGAUGAAGCAACGUCUCUUUUUAAUCCAGCAGACUUCACUCCGUUUGAUCCAACACAGGAGGUCAUCUUCCCCCCUGAGCUCAUGUCGCUCUCUAAAGAUCAGAGGUCAGGCUUGCUUUGUUUCCGUGGCGACCGGGCAUCGUGGCUGCAGCCUGACAGUCUGGACGAGUUUCUGCGUCUGAAGUGGGAACAUCCAGACGCCAGAGUGGUGGUGGGCAACACUGAAGUGGGUAUUGAGGUGAAGUUUAAGAACAUGGUGUACCCGGUCAUCUUGGCUCCAGCGUUCAUCCCUGAACUGAACAACGUGUCACACACAGCGGACGGUGUAGUUUUUGGUGCAGCGUGCACACUCAGCCACAUGGGGCGGUGCUUAAGAAGGCAGUAGAAACUCUUCCUCCUCAUCAGACAGAAGUCUUCCUCGCCGUCCUCGAACAGCUGCGCUGGUUCGCUGGACUGCAGAUACGAAACGUAGCGGUGAGUAGCACAAAGUUUAUUAUUGACU